CUUUGACUUUUCUCGGUAAGGAGAGGGACUACUCGGCACACUUUGGUGUAUUUUUUAGACAAUAUUUGCGCAGGUUUUAGUGCAACAGGUGCGCGUUAUUAAACUUUUUUCACUGGGGAUCGCGCGCAACUCCUGCCCCGUGAUAUCCACUUCCUUCACCUGACCGCCGCACGCAAGCCUGAGGUGGGGCUGUCAUGCUGAAGCAGAGUCUCCAGUAGUGAGACAGCGGAGUGGAACUGAAGUUUGCGGUGCGCGUGAGUCGGACCAUGCAAGGGCAACACAACAGAGGACUGAAGAGUCUGAGGCUGCUGCUUGUGAGCCUCUUCAUCGGCAUCCUCGCCUCAGGAGUGCACGCUGGUGGGAAGAAGCACAGUGGCCCCUGUGGAGGAAGAGACUGCAGCGGAGGCUGUCAAUGUUUCCCAGAAAAGGGUGCCAGGGGUCACCCUGGACCUCUCGGUCCUCAGGGCCCCCAGGGACCUUCAGGAAGACCAGGUGAUAUGGGCAUCCAGGGACCAAAGGGGCAGAAAGGUGACCGCGGCCGUAGUGGCUUCAUAGGUCCUAAAGGAAAUGUGGGAAUGACUGGCGUUCCCGGGUUUUCUGGAAAUGAUGGCAUCCCUGGACACCCAGGACAAGCUGGACCCAGAGGGAAGCCAGGUGCAGACGGCUGUAAUGGGACACAGGGAGAAGCAGGGUUAUCAGGGCUACCUGGCACUCACGGUGCACCCGGUUUUCCUGGACAACCAGGGUGGAAGGGACAGAAGGGAGACUCUCUGGAGGUGACGGUGUACAUGGAGCGCUUCAGGGGAGAUCCAGGCACACCAGGAACCAACGGAAUAUUUGGGCCUCCAGGAAAACCAGGAUUGGAGGGUAACAGAGGCAUCCCAGGACCAAAGGGUCCCCCAGGGCCUCCAGGUCCCCCUGGACCAAAGGGCACAAUGACAAAAGUGCUUAAGGGACACAAAGGAGACCAAGGGGACAUCGGACUACCAGGGCUGCCAGGAAACUCUACUCAUCAGCACACUCAGCCCCCCUACGGACCCACGGGACCUCGUGGAGAGAAAGGUUUUAAAGGAGAAAGUGGAGAUGCGGCUGACAACAAAGGAGAGACUGGUGUGAUGGGAUUCCCUGGAAACCGGGGUGAAUUUGGUGCAAACGGACGUCCUGGACCGAGGGGGGAUUAUGGUGACCCAGGACCAAAAGGCAGAGAUGGCAUUAAGGGGGUCAGAGGUGACCCAGGAGAACUGAUUUCAGGAUCAGGAUUAUGGCCUUGGUCCUCAGCAGCUGGUCCUGCCGGUCCUCCUGGUGAGCAGGGGCCACAGGGAGAGAGGGGCCCGGUUGGAGACCAAGGCUUCCCGGGACCCCCAGGACGCCCUGCCUCUGAAUCACAGCAACAAGUGUGGGAUUUCUUUGGGCCAUUUGGUUUUCAGGGGGAGCCAGGAGAGAAGGGCCAGCCUGGAGAGCCGGGACAUCCUGCUGACAUUCCAGGACCCCCAGGCACCAAUGGGCGCCCAGGGGCCGUGGGGCCUCCAGGACCCAAAGGAACAUGGGCUGAGUUCUUCAAAGGGGCCCCCGGCGCCAGUGGAAGGCCUGGCAAUGCAGGCUUUAAAGGAAUGAAAGGUGACCAUGGUUUGUGUGAAUGCAUCAUUACAAACUCUCCACCUGGGCAACCUGGCCCCGCUGGUGAGCUCGGUGAUGCUGGAAUGACCGGAGAGUUUGGUCAGGAGGGCGAUUUAGGAGAUCCAGGUCCCCCUGGACAGGACGGAUACCCUGGAUCUCCUGGGAUCAUCGGUGUGCCAGGACCAAAAGGCCGAAAAGGAGACGCUCGAGCAGCCUCACAAAAAGGAAAUCCUGGAGAUCCAGGGGAUCCCGGACGACGUGGUGAGUCAGGAGUGUUGGGGGCUCAGGGCCGAAAUGGAUUGCCUGGAUUCCCUGGGCCCCGUGGUCUUUCAGGAGACGCUCCCAGAGGAUUACAUGGAGACAAAGGUUACCCAGGUCAGCGCGGUCGACCCGGUGAACCAGGGCCUCGUGGGAUAGAUGGUGAAGUUCUUGGAGGGCUCAAGGGCCAGCGUGGUUUACCUGGUGACGAUGGCAUUGCGGGCUAUCAUGGAGUUCCAGGAACACCUGGCAUCCCAGGCGGCUGUAGUCCAACAGGAGAUGGAGAACAGGUGGAUGUAACAGGUAGUCCUUGCGAUGCCGUACCAGGACUUCCAGGACUGCCUGGACUUCCAGGACCCAUUGGAUUACCAGGUUUCUUAGGUCCUCAGGGCUCAAAAGGACCUCAGGGUCCAUUAGGACCACUCGGAGAGAAAGGAGAAACAGGAGAUCGAGGCAUAGGUGGACCUCCUGGACCGCCAGGUUUUGCAGGCCCCCGUGGAGACUUGGGUCUCCCUGGCAUUAAAGGUUCAAGAGGGGCACCUGGUGUGCCCGGUGUGUCCGGCCGGUACGGGACACAAGGUGAGAAGGGUGCUCAUGGAGAGAUCUUAGGAGCAUCGCCAGGACCCCCCGGUGAUCCAGGGCUGCCUGGAUUUCAAGGGAAUAAAGGCGAGACUGGCGAUCCAGGAAAUCAAGGCUACCCAGGAAUGCCUGGCAUGCCUGGUAUGAUCGGCUUUAAGGGUGAGGAUGGCCCUCUAGGCCUGCAGGGGGAGGAAGGGAGGCCUGGGCCAGCGGGCAAGUACGGCUACCCUGGUGAUCCUGGGCAAGCAGGUCCACCCGGGCUACGUGGUGGUACUGGACAGCCAGGUUUUACUGGAGAGAGGGGAAGUGCAGGAGACCCAGGUGCUCCAGGGCCAAUAGGAUUUAAAGGCGUCCCAGGGCCAUACGGUAGUGAUGGUGCCACUGGAGAGUAUGGCCCAUCGGGUGAACUCGGACAGCUGGGUCCAGAUGGACGCCCAGGACUUCCGGGAAUGAAAGGAUACAAAGGGUCGUCUGGCAUGUCCGGUUUUGAGGGUGUCAGGGGUAAUCAGGGGGUGAAGGGCUUCAGCGGGUUACUUGGACACCCUGGAUUGACGGGCCAAGCUGGACCAAAAGGAGUGACGGGUCGAAGUGGAGAGAAAGGUGAUCGUGGUUUGGAAGGGCCACCUGGGGAGAAGCCUCACUUACCCCCCCAGAUGAAAAAAGACAUGAAGGGAGCCAAGGGAGACCAUGGAAAACAUGGAGAUCAAGGUUUCACCGGACCGCGAGGUCAUAAGGGUAUGCCUGGUGUGCCGGGCUUAGAGGGAAGUCAUGGUCUUCCUGGAGACCCUAGCCCUGAGAAAGGUUCCUACGGAGAUCCCGGUGCUGUGGGGUUGCCGGGAAUAAAAGGAAUGCCAGGCUUUACUGGAAAUCGAGGAAUUACUGGUUUUGAGGGAAUGUCAGGCAACAGGGGACUUAAAGGAAGUCCUGGAGCAUAUGGCGCAACAGGAGAUAAAGGAAGGAGGGGAUCCAAAGGUGAGAAAGGCCUACGCAUAGACCUUCCAGGAUCCACUGGAUUUAGAGGAGAGGAUGGUUUACCAGGAGAACCAGGCCUGAAAGGAUUACCUGGACAAACAGGCGAAAGGGGCACACAUGGUUUUGAUGGAAUUGAAGGGAGAAAAGGAGAGUCAGGUGAUCCAGGAAUAUCAGGAUACCCAGGCUCUGAUGGGCAGAUAGGAACCCCUGGUAACCAAGGUACAAAAGGCUUCUCUGGACCUCCUGGAAAAGAUGGACUUCCAGGUUUUCCUGGCUUCCAAGGAAACAAAGGUUUCCCCGGCCUAAAGGGUCUGUAUGGAUUACAUGGACUGAAAGGACAAAAGGGCAACACUGGAACACCAGGUCUGGAUACCACUGGACCAGCUGGAGAUCCAGGAUUAAAAGGAGAGAAGGGAGAAGACGGUCACCCCAACAACCAGCCAGGUUUCCCUGGCACAGCGGGUUUGAAAGGCUUCCAGGGACCUGUAGGUGACCAUGGUCUACCUGGACUGCCUGGACUCCGCGGCCCUGUAGGACAGUAUGGGACAGCAGACAAACCAGGACACAGUGGGGACCACGGCUAUAACGGGUCUAAAGGGUACCCAGGUUUCCCUGGAGCCAGAGGAUUUCCUGGUGUGGAUGCUCCUCCUGGAGAGAAAGGUUUACCAGGAACAAACGGGUUUCCUGGUGUCCCUGGUAGGAAAGGAUUAAGGGGAGAUCAAGGUGCAUUUGGAUACAGGGGUCUAAAUGGUGUUUCUGGGAAGAAAGGAGGGAAAGGAGAUCAAGGAGUGAUGGGAGUUCCUGGUGCUACUGGUUUGAAGGGAGAAAGAGGCUCGUCUGGUCCAAAAGGAAACACUGGACCUCCAGGUUUCCGUGGGUUUCCAGGAAACCAGGGUCCUCUUCCAAUUCCCAUCACACUUCCAGGAGAAAGGGGCCCUCCAGGACCACACGGUAUCCAAGGACCAAAGGGGUUCGGAGGGGAACCAGGGCCACAGGGCCCCCCUGGAGAUACAGGUUUCAUUGGACCAAGAGGGCACAAGGGCAUGCCUGGGAUUAGUGGUUUACCAGGAACGCCUGGAUUUCGUGGAGAGUUUGGACAAAUGGGCCACCCCGGUCUGCAAGGCAUGGAAGGUCGCCGUGGCAACCCUGGUAUCCCUGGGUUACCUGGUAUGCCGGGCCGCAGUGUCAGCGUGGGAUACUUACUGGUGAAACAUAGUCAGUCAGAGCAGACGCCCAUGUGUCCUGUUGGCAUGUCAAAACUGUGGGACGGCUACAGUCUGCUGUACUUUGAGGGCCAGGAAAAGGCCCACAACCAGGAUCUUGGUUUGGCGGGCUCCUGCCUCCCUCGGUUCAGCACCAUGCCCUUCCUGUACUGCAAUCCCGGAGACAUUUGUCACUACGCCAGCAGAAACGAUAAGUCCUACUGGUUGUCGACGACUGCUCCUCUUCCCAUGAUGCCUGUAGAGGAGGGAGAGAUCAAACCGUACAUCAGCCGCUGCUCAGUAUGCGAAGCUCCGUCAGUUGCCAUCGCAAUCCACAGCCAGGACAUCACCAUCCCACAGUGUCCUGUGGGCUGGCGCAGCCUGUGGAUCGGCUACUCCUUCGUCAUGCACACGGCAGCAGGAAACGAAGGCGGAGGUCAGUCCUUGUCGUCUCCCGGUUCCUGCCUGGAAGACUUCCGCACAACGCCAUUCAUCGAGUGUAACGGGGCCAAAGGCACAUGCCACUACUUUGCUAACAAAUACAGUUUCUGGCUAACCUCCAUAGAUCAGCAGUUCCACGAGCCGGCAUCAGAGACGCUUAAAGCAGGCCAGCUCCUGUCACGCAUCAGCCGCUGCCAGGUCUGCAUGAAGAACUUGUGAGAGAAGCUGUUGCGUUGGCGGUGAUGUAAUGUCGUCUCUCUAUCAUGUACUAAAUCAUUGACAGGGGGAUCUGAAAUACUGAUUUAGAUCGAUGUAAAACGUUCUCCCCGAGCCACAGAGCUCAGAUAUGCAAUGACUGCCCGAUGUCUCGAGCUUUGAGUCCCACUGUAGAUAAAACAGGCCCAUAAUGAAGUCAAAAGCAUUCUGGGAAAAUGUGUUAUUGUGUUAAAUGUGCAUUGGUGCUUACUGUUUAACUUAUUACCUCAGCUAUGACACAUUGAGCCUGAUUAGACCUGGUAUUAACAUGCACCUUGUACUGAUUGAAUCACAAGUGGACAGUUCGAUGUCUGUCUGUUCAUUAAUUCUCACUAGAAUGCGUCUCCGCAUGCGUCGAGUGAUUGAUUGAUUGAAUCUCACUUCUCCGCUCUAUAAGCAUAUUUCCUUUUGUAAACAACAAAUGCACUGUUGCUUCUUCUAAGUAAAAAUGUUAUUAAUUGUAGGACUGCCCACAGCAUUUUGACAGCUCUCCUUCUCUCUGUCUCUCUUUCUGUUGGUCAUGAGACAAGCGCCGCUCGCAGAAUAUGGUUACGGGAGUGUGAGGACCAUGCUUAAUGAAACCAUGCCGUGCCAAAUUGUCUUUCCAUUGUCAGUUAGGAUGCACCAGAGGUGGACCAUCCUUGGAUUGGGGCCAAAAGUGCGCACGACCAUUUCCAAGCGGUUAGUGUUAACGUCUUGCCGAUCGCAGCCAGCCCCUGACGACCCUCCCCUUCUCCCCCCAAAACAAGCGCGUUGUGUAGUGAAACUCCACUCACGUCCUGUCUGUGCAGGAAACCAGAGAGAAAGGUGUUUUAAAAGUCUCUGUGUUCAGCUCUCACUUCUUUUGUAGCUUCUAACUGAAUCUCUAUAGUUUGGAGUUUCUCUCCUGCGUCCUGAUUUUACUUCAGAUAAGUGCUUCAUUUUACGGUUGUCGCUUUAAGCCAUACAGGAGUUGUGUUGAGUUACUGCUAAUAAAAACUUAGGCCUAAGAUAUACUUACUGGCAUGUCGGCUACGUGCAUCCUUAAAAAUUAACGCAAAGCGGAGGCGAGAUUCAGUAUGUAUAUAAACAGCAGGGGCAGUGUAGGACCAAAGCAGACAUGCGAAAGCACUGGUGGUGCUUUACAUCAUCAAUCUCUUUGCAUUGGCAGCACAACAGACACGUACUCCCUAUUGUCCCGACGGGCUGGAUUAGAGGCCUUACGUACCACCAGUGUUGUUGCCGCUGUCACCUUUAAUGCCUUAAUCUCAGCAUUAACAUGGUAGUAACCUCCUCGAAUGUCCCCAUGUCUGUUGUUUACAUCCCACGCAUCUGAUAGUUGUAUACGACCUGAGCUCCCUCGUGUGCCCUCUAGAGGCAUCCUCCAGUAACACCGUCGCGUAUAGGCAAGUAUAUAUACAAAAAUGCUCAUGACGCAGCCGGACACGUACGCGAACGCAAGGUUAAACCAUGGAUGUAUUAUAAGGAAGUCACAGCAAGUUUAUCUCCGAUCUUAAAGUUUCCUUAUUUUGGUGCUUCACAAUUGAAGCUUUUACAUAAAAUAACUGAGCUUUUAUUGUGAAGAAUCUUCAGGAAAUUAUAUGUGUUUUUCAAAGGGUUAGCAGAAAUUUUCUGAAUGUGGCAACGUGUGGAUCGGAUCUCAAGGUGAAUUUAGGACGCCCUCGGUUCAUUCUCACCUGUACUUAGAGUUGUCCGCUUGGAAUCUGAUCACUCAGGACGUUUGGUAAUACCAGGUGUAAACAGUGCCUUCGUUAACGAUCAGAAACUACACUACAGCUGAACCAAAGAUGCCCGUGUGUAUGCACUGCUUCAGUUUAUCUAGAUGUUUUUAUUGUUUAGGGUAUACAGCCCUUCAUAAAGCCACUAACUCUGCUUCUCAGACAUCUGAAGAAUGUGUCUUGAACAAUAGUUGACUGAUACUAUUGACAGUAUUAUCCUGCAGCUUUUAUUCCACUGCUCUUACAAAACCUAUUUUUAUGAUACGACAGUCUUCUCGAUCUUUUUAUCCGUUUUGUGCCUUUAUCAACUAUUGAAAAAUAAUUUGCAACUCUUAAUUUUUUAUACACGAUAUGUUCACACAAUGCACUGAUCCUCUUUGUAUUUAUACCAGCUGAAUGAACUUGACCCCCCCUCCCUAAGAGUUUAAACAUAUAUUCAUCUAAUACUACUCAUGUCACACUCAUUUUCCUUCACAAAUCUGCUUAUUAUUGAACUGCCCCGAGCUUCCAACAAGACAAAAUGUAAACAGCUCGGAUCAAAGGUCUGACUGCAGCAAAUCCAUGUUGUGGUCAUUGAUCCCCAGUUUAGAUCAGAUUAUUUUACACAUUUUCUGGAAAGUAGGUCAAAUGUUCUAAGAUUCACUCAAUAAACAGUUUGAUUUGACAGAGAAUAUACUGACAAUUAACUGUAAUGUAAUUUUGGUAACUUUCAUGACAUAAUUAUUUCAUUGGAUUGUAAAGAUUAAAUGUUUGUUUGUUAUGCUUGUUAUCAUGCCUUUUUACUCUCACAGUCCUAACUAAAUCUGGCAGACCAAACAGACUUAAUAAAAAUGUUUUUGACAGCGUAUUUAAAAA